AUGUCCCCUCCCGCCGACGGUCGAUUAGGUAAAAGAGAGUCUGGUACUGCCCGAAUCUUGGGUUCAGGUGCUUCAGGUGUUGCCGAAUUAUUGGUCUUCCACCCUGUUGAUACAGUAGCCAAACGAUUGAUGUCCAACAAAUCCGCCAUCUCCACGACCGGAUUGAAUAAUAUCAUCUUCAGAUCUGCUGCUCAAGCUCCCAUCCACUCUAAAUUCUUAUCGCUAUUCCCCGGAUUAGGUUAUGCCGCUGGAUACAAGAUUGCCCAGAGGGUUUACAAGUUUGGUGGUCAGCCAUACUUCAGGGAUUUGAUCGAUAAGAACGGUGGUGAUUGGUUUAGGAGUACGUUCGGGAAGAAGACGGGUGGUAUGUUGAUGCAUGCUACUGCUGGAUCCUUCACGGGUAUUGGUGAAGUAGUCCUAUUACCGCUUGACGUUCUCAAAAUCAAGAUGCAGACCAACCCAGAUGCUAUCAGGGGUAGAGGUUUACUCAAAUUGGUCACCGAUGAAGGUAUCGCAUCGCUUUACAGAGGUUGGGGAUGGACAAUGGCUAGAAACGCUCCUGGAUCUUUCGCUCUCUUUGGUGGUUCUGCAGUAACCAAGGAAUAUCUCUUCAAGCUUUCCGAUUACUCUUCUGCUACCUGGACACAGAACUUUGUCGCCUCUAUCGCCGGUGCUGUAGCAUCCAUCACCGUUGCCGCCCCAUUGGACGUAGUGAAGACCCGAAUCCAAAAUGCUAACUUCAACUCUACCGUCGGCGGAUCAGCUAUCAUCCGAGAGAUGAUCCGAACCGAAGGUGUCGGUGCAUUCUUCAAAGGUUUGACACCUAAGAUUUUGGUCGUUGGUCCUAAACUCGUAUUCUCAUACACCCUCGCUCAGAGUUUGAUACCAUUCUUCGGUAAAUACGGUGAGUCUGUCUAA